GAAUGUACUUGAUCUAAAAACUUCCCAUACAUGCCACAAUAUUCUACAAUGGCAAGUCACCUAACUAUUCAAUGUAGUUCAGAUUUGAUAGAAUUUCCAAGUUGAUGUAAGUUUGGAAUUCUAGCUAGGAAAUUGGUUACAAAGUUGGCGAAAUAAAAAGAAAUCAACAAUAAAUUAUUCCCAUAUGAACCAAAAUUGAGUAAAACAAUUAUCUCAGAUAAACUACCUCUACCAAACAUGUCAAUAGUCAACUUGGUUGUUUCAACUUCCAUAUUUCUUCUCAAAGUUCUUCCUUCUUAAACUCUCACUCACUCACUCACUCAUCAUGAACCAAGAAUAAUCAAAUCUACACAAUGGCAUCUUGCUUGAAACCACAAAGCAGCAAUGAAGAUGAUUCUGUCAUACUCUUUUCAACUUCUAAUUCUUCCAUUAGUCCUUCUUCCUCUUCUUUCCAUCAUUCACCACCACCAACUUCAUACAAACUUUCUAUUAAUAACCUCACCUAUACUUUGCACCCUUAUAAAACCAUUCCCUUUUCAUUUAAAAGCCUUACUCAAAAACCACAUCCUGUAAACAUACUCAAAUCUGUUUCUUUUGUUGCCAGAACUUCCGAAAUUGUCGCAGUUGUCGGACCUAGUGGCACAGGCAAAUCCACCCUUCUUAGAAUAAUCGCGGGGCGAAUAAAAGACAAAGAUUUCAACCCCAAAACUAUCUCAAUCAAUGAUCACCCUAUGAGUACUCCAUCUCAGUUAAGAAAAAUAUGUGGCUUUGUUUCACAAGAAGACAACUUGCUUCCACUUCUAACAGUGAAAGAAACUUUGCUAUUUGGUGCAAAGUUUAGGCUAAAAGAAAUGACACCAAAAGAAAGAGAAUUAAGAGUAGAAAACUUAAUGCAAGAGUUAGGACUUUUUCAUGUAGCACAUAGUUUUGUUGGUGAUGAUGAAAAUAGAGGUGUCUCUGGUGGUGAAAGAAAAAGGGUAUCAAUUGGUGUUGAUAUGAUUCACAAUCCACCAAUUUUAGUCUUGGAUGAACCAACAUCAGGACUUGAUAGUACCUCAGCUCUUCAUGUUAUUGAGCUUCUUUCUUCAAUGGUUAAAUCAAAGCAAAGGAUAGUGAUACUUUCAAUUCAUCAACCUAGCUAUAGAAUAUUGCAAUAUAUUUCUAAGUUCUUGAUCCUUUCUCAUGGUUCAGUAGUUCAUAAUGGUAGUUUGGAAUCACUAGAGGAAAGAAUAUCUAAUUUGGGAUUUCAAAUUCCAUUGCAACUUAAUGCCCUUGAAUUUUCAAUGGAAAUUAUACAAAGUUUAGAAGAUAAUUCUAGUAGUUUCAUCGUCCACGAAAACGAAACUUCUUUUCCAAGUUCCAUGUGGGCGCCAGAGGAAGAAAACAUUGGAAGCGACGUUUUCCAAUCACAAUAUGAAAAGGAAAAUUUUGGACAUCUUUGUUAUGUAAACAUGAUGGAGAUACUAUUUUUGUGUUCAAGAUUUUGGAAGAUUAUUUAUAGAACAAAGCAACUUUUUUUAGCUAGAACAAUGCAAGCAUUAGUUGGUGGAUUUGGUUUAGCAAGUGUUUAUAUAAAGGUAAGAAAAGAUGAAGACGGAAUUGCAGAAAGGUUAGGUCUGUUUGCAUUUAGUCUCAGUUUUCUCUUGUCUUCAACAGUUGAAGCACUUCCAAUAUAUCUUCAAGAGAGAACUGUUCUAAUGAAAGAAGCAUCAAGAGGAGCUUACAGAAUUUCUUCUUACUUGAUAGCCAACACUUUUGUUUUUCUUCCUUUUUUGUUUGUAGUAUCUUUACUUUUUGCAGUUCCUGUUUAUUGGAUUGUUGGACUCAAUCCUUCACUCACUGCCUUCACUUUCUUCACUUUUGUUGUUUGGCUCAUUGUGCUGAUGGCAAGUUCUUUAGUUCUCUUUUUGAGUUCUGUGUCUCCUGAUUUCAUUUCAGGAAAUUCACUCAUAUGCACAGUUCUUGGAGCCUUUUUUCUAUUCUCUGGAUACUUCAUUCCAAAAGAGAGUAUUCCAAAAUAUUGGCUUUUUAUGUAUUAUGUGUCACUUUAUAGGUACCCUUUGGAUGCAUUACUCACAAAUGAGUAUUGGAAUGUUGGAAAUGAGUGUUUCUCACAAGGCUCUUCUUCAAUGUGUUUGGUUACUGGAUUUGAUGUCUUGAAGAGUAGAGGAAUUGAAAAGGAUAAUAGGUGGAUGAAUGUGGGGAUAAUGUUUGGAUUCUUUGUGUUCUAUCGUUUGCUUUGUUGGGUCAUACUUGCUAGAAAGGCCUCCAAGACUACAAUAUAACACAAACUUGUUUCUAUGUUCAUAAUGUUGUGGACAAAUGAGGCUUUUUCCACAGAAAACCAAUUAUUUGAUGUUUCUUAGGCUAUUAUUUGUAUGAUAUAAUAUACUACAGAUAUAUAAUAUUCUACUUUUAAAAUA